UCAUAAAAAAAAAUGCAUCAUUAUAAAUUAACUUCAUCUUUAAAUUAUUAAUAUUUAUUUAAUUCAACUGAAUUAUCUUAUGUAAUAUUAAUAGCUGAUAUAUUAUUAUCUUUAUUUUCUUAUUAUAUUUCGAAUAGUACCAUCUUUUUUUAUUUCUACAUAAAAAUAACAAAGCGAUUCCAAAAACACAAAACAAAGCCAAAACUACAAAAACUCCAAUUAAAAUUUUAUUUUUUUAAACAAGGAAUUUUUAAGGUUUUUCAACUUAUUCCACAUCGUAUGAAAAGAAAAAAUCCUUCAAUUGUUAAGUCAAACUAUGCUUGAAAACCCCCUAAACUUAAACUCCUAUAAAAAUAUGAUCACUAUCCUAAAAAUCUAAGGGAAUUUAAUAUUUAUGUUCACUUUCUUUAAUAUUUAAAUAAAAAUAACUAAACGUUUUAUAAUUUUGAGCAUUAAAAGAACUUCCGCACAAAGAUAAUGCAUUAAUAUCAUUAAAAGAUUUACUUGUGUAUACUUUAUAAACUAUAUUUUCUAGUUAAUAAGAAGAAAGCGAACAAUCAUUAUAAAUGCAAUUAAUUCCACUAAAAUAUAGUUAUAUUUUCGAAAAAUCUUCAUUUUUUUCAAUUCUGAAUUUCUUGUCUAUUUUGUAAAAUUAAUAUGGAUAGAAUGUGUCUUCUGUAUCUAAAUGUGGACGGAUUAAAUAUGAAUGGAUUUAAUUUUUUUAAUUUUGGACAGAAAAAUCAUAUAUAUUGAAAUCUCCUUUUUAAUUAUCCUUAUCUACUUUUACCAUAUAGUGAUUGUAUUUUACUAAUACAGGUUAUUCGUUUAAAUAUAUUUAAGAUUUUCCUUAACAUUAUAUUAACUCAAGGGUUAAUUAUUAAGUACCCUCAGGCAUGUAAACUUAAUAAUUAUCAAAAGAAUCUUAAUAAGAAGUUUUAUAUGUAAAUUUAUUUAUUAUUAAUAAUGAAUACCCUUAAUUAGCUAUUAAAUAAAAUUAGAGAUUUUCAUUUUUUUAAAUCAAAAAGGAACUUUAAUUUUCUAUUUUUAUUUCAUAAGCUCCUUUUGAGUUUUCUUAUUCAAAAGCAAUAACAUCAGAAUGCAAAAAGAACAUGUUUUAUACUAAUUAAUAAUCUUUAGAUUAAA